UGGGUCAAAUGCAGAGAAUAAUUUGACCACACCUUGUGUGUGUGACAACUUUACUUUAACAACACCGCAUCCUAGAUUAUUAGUCCUGUAGCUGAAUAAGGAAAGUGAAGCAAAACUACAGUAGAAUUGUGUGACUGAUAACGAGGACAUGGAUACAGUGUUUUCAAUAUAAGCACUAUUUAAUUGGUCUAAAGCAUUUAUGACAGCUAAUCAGGCUUAGUGGAUCUGGGUCAACUCCCAUGUGUGUGUGUACACUUCUCCAUCGCCCUUACGUCUACUUUGCUUUACCUGUUCAUUGGACUCAUUCAUGUCAAUCAAGCAGACAGUCCAGGAUGCAGACCUUGACCCAGCAUGUCCCCUUCCCUCGGGCCGCUUACUCCCAAGCCCGGGAAAACCUGGUGAAGGCCAUCCCGCCCAAACUCCUCUGCUUGCUGGCCUGCGGGGGACUGGACUGUCGUUACGAAGGACCAGACUGUUGGAAAGCGAGCCAGCAGGUCAUCCGUGGCAUUUUCUCCUCAUGGGUGACCGAUGACAUCAUCGCUAUGGCACGGCCGUCCACAAUCUUGAUUGAAAAGUUCGACGUUAUAGAACAAUUUCAGAGGUUGAAUAUAAGAUCCAUCAUAAACAUGCAAGUACCUGGCGAACAUGCGCACUGCGGACCCCCUUUGGACCCUGGAAGUGGCUUCACAUACCUGCCGCAGAUCUUCAUGGAGAAUGACAUUUAUUUCUACAACUUUGGGAUGCCAGAUUUCGGCGUGUCCUCCCUCGUCGGCAUCAUCGAUGGCGUAAAGGUGUUGGCCUUCGCUGCGGGGGAGGGAAGGGUUGCUGUGCACUGCCACGCCGGUCUGGGCAGAACAGGUCUGGGUUGGGAUUUGCGCUAGCGGGUGUGGAUACACAACUUGACACUGAUUGCUCCACAGGUGUCCUAAUAGCCUGCUACUUAGUCUACACUUUGCGGAUCAGUCCCAGUGAGGCCGUGCACUACGUCCGCAUCAAAAGGCGGGCUGCAGCCAGGGCCACUUGCUGGCUGCAGCCCGCAGAUCGAGGAGGGGCUUAUUUUCCCUCAAUGUGGGCGGGUCUCAACGUUGAGCCCGCGGGCUCCAUCUGGUGGCGGAGAUCCGGCAGCACACAUUCUCAAACGUCAAUAAAGCUACUUUUAACUUGUCAAAUGUAUUUUUUUUACCAUGAAAAAACAAUUACAAAAAAAAAAAUAUAUAUAUAAACCAUAGUAUGAAAAAAGGUUCAUG